UGGACCUCAGAUUAUGAUCGAUAUACCUCAAGAACUCGUUGAUCUCAUAGUCGACGGGCUCCAGGAUGACAAGAAGGCACUUCGGGCGGCACUGCAUUUGUCCCCCUCUUUCCGAAGUCGAGCCCAGUAUCUUCUCUUUCGGGCUGUGAACAUUCUCUACGCUGAGGAAUGUGCGCGAUUCAACGAACUGUGCAGAAUCUCACCAUCAGUUCCUCCUCUCGUCCGUGGGCUUCGGAUCGUGGCCUGGGAUGGGCAGCCUAGACCAGACUCAGACAAGCUGCGGCUACACAACCUACCCAAUCUGGAUAAGAUAUACAUCAGUGGAUACAGUGCUGGUCGUAACUGCGUAAUUCCUUGGGUCAGCGCAUCCGCAAUUGGUCCUCAGGUGUCCUACGCUGCCACUUCGAUGAAACUCGAAGGCAUGCAUUUCCCUUCUGCGCAAAGCUUUCGCAGCUGCUUAGAAUCCUUCGCAAGGCUCAAAACGCUAACUAUCAACGCACUUCUCAUUCACGAUGCGAAAUCCAUUGAGGACGUCAGCUCCGCCCCGGGACCCCCUAUCGAGAUGCUCACAAUCCUAUCUUCCGGUAUGAGGAACAACCACGAACGCGCCUUCGUAGGUCCUGGGUCAGCGAAAACAGGCUGGAGAAAGCCUUUCGGCUUGCACGCCCUCCGCAAGCUUCAGAUGGUCUUUUUUAAACUGGGACUUGUAUCCCAAAUGCAGAACAUCCUAGACAUAACACGCGACACGAUCCAGGAGGUGUCUCUUCUUCCUUACUCUGAAGGCAGCGAUCUCGAAAAGUGCAAGGAUAAUCACAUACUCAAUUUAUCCCGCGUCCCGUUGGUCAACUUUGGCCCUCUCUCGAUGCCCUUUGCUUGGGAUAUGAAAUACCUUGUAAAAUGCUUGCGCAAGGGUGCACCUGCACGGCUCAACAUCACUAUCUACUUCGAUGAAGGGGGGUUCGAGGAUCUGCGUGUUGGGGGCACAUGGAUGGCGAUAGACAACGCUAUGCGAGAUAAAGGGUCUUUGCUCUGCUUCACGGUCAAAUUAGAAGCCUGGGAUAACGAGGACACGAUUAAAGGGAACUUGUCUGUGCUCUUGCCCAAGAUGCACUCUGCGGGGCGAUUGAGCUUUUUGUUUACGAAGGAUAGAAUACCGGUCUAUCAGGGUAUUGAGUUUGAUCCUGGUUCUUUGGGCGCCGAUUGACCAAAAACGGUGUCUCCUCGAACAUAUCUGAUUCAUUAUUUUCUCAUGGUAUCUCCUAGAAUACAGGGUAGAAAAUCCAUCGGAAUGGCUGUAUUU